UUCAAUAUUAAAUUUCAUUCAAACAUCCCACAUUGAAUGAAUUUUCAUUCAAUAUUUUGUUAAAUUUACGGUGUGUCAUUAAUCACUAAGGAACUUUUUCAUCAUGGCUAUCUAUAGUCCAGUAUGGUUUGGCAAAACACCAGAGACCAAUGACACAAUUACUAAAACUAUGGUAAAGGUAGCUUUAAUUGAAUUGGGUGAGGACGAAGCUAAAAUGAGUAUAAACGAUGUGACUUCACAUAUAACAACAAAUAAUCCACAAGUAGGCAUAGACCAUGAGUCUCAAACUAUGAUCGAACGUUACAUAGAUUGGUUAUGGAGUAAUAGUUACAUUAUUUAUCUGUCAGCAAGUCAGUUCACAUUAAAUCCCGAUAAGCCACUAUGUAUAUGCCUAAAGUGCCCAGAGUGCCCAGACCCACCGGAGUGCUCAGAGUUUUCGAAGUGCCCAAAGCCCCCGGAGUGUUCAGAGUGCCCGGAGUGUUCAGAGUGCCCGGAGUGUCCAGAGCCCCCAGAGUGCCCAAAGUGCCCAAAGCCGCCAAAGUGCCCAAAGUCCCCAAAGUGCCCAGAUUCUUCAAAGUGCCCAAAUUCUUCAAAGUGCCCAUAGUUAUUUUAUAUAUCUGACAGUAAUUAAGGAUGGAUGAUUAAUGACACACCAAUAAAAUUUUAAC